AUGCCUAACAGUGCGGCUUCUCAGGAUGCGCCCAACCUCAUCGAUAACUCAGAAACCGUGCACAUCUCGUCGCUUGCCCUUCUCAAGAUGCUAAGGCAUGGCCGUGCAGGUGUCCCUAUGGAAGUCAUGGGUCUUAUGCUGGGAGACUUCGUCGAUGAGUUUACCGUUAGAGUGGUAGAUGUGUUUGCGAUGCCUCAGAGCGGCACGGGUGUUAGUGUUGAAGCUGUCGAUCCUGUCUUCCAGACUAAGAUGAUGGAGAUGCUUCGACAAACGGGAAGGCCAGAGACCGUUGUCGGAUGGUACCAUUCCCAUCCCGGAUUCGGCUGCUGGCUUUCCUCCGUUGACAUCAACACCCAACAGUCCUUCGAACAACUUACACCCCGCGCCGUCGCCGUCGUCGUAGAUCCCAUACAAUCCGUCAAAGGCAAAGUUGUCAUCGACGCCUUCCGCCUGAUAUCCUCACAGACUCUCAUGAUGGGCCAGGAGCCACGUCAGACGACUUCCAACUUGGGACACCUCAACAAACCGUCCAUCCAAGCGCUUAUCCACGGCCUCAAUCGCCACUAUUAUAGUAUCGCCAUUAACUAUCGCAAGACGGGACUGGAAGAGAAUAUGCUGAUGAACCUGCAUAAGCAUGUAUGGACGGAGGCGUUGCAGAUGAAUGACUUUAGAGAAGAAGGGCAGAGGAAUAUCGAUCGGUUGAAGAAGCUUGUUAGUCUUGCGGAAGGCUAUGAGAAGCGGGUUAAGGAGGAGACGGAGUUGACGAAGGAUCAAUUGAAGACGAGAUACGUUGGGAAGGUGGAUCCGAAGAAACAUAUCGAAGAUGUUGGCCAGCAGCUCAUCGAAGACAAUAUUGUAGCCGUCUCACGGCAGAUGAUUGACAAGGAGGCCUCUUUGGCCCGUGAGUCUAGCAAAAGCAACGUUCCACAGAAUGAGUCGAUGGAUGUGGAUGAAGAGCCAUAA